UCUUUUGUUCGUACAAGAAAUGCAAAAUCGUUGACACCCUUAUUUGAGGGGACAGCGAAAUUUGGGCAAGAUAGGAAUAGGUACAGCGAGAUAGAGUAUGCCACUAUUCCAUAGUCCAACUGUUGCCAAAGUAUUAAGGAUAGUUAGUUUGUCUCUUCUUGCUCUUUUGUUCGUACAAGAAAUGCAAAAUCGUUGACACCCUAAUUUGGGGGGACAGCGAAAUUUGGGCAAGAUAGGAAUAGGUACAGCGAGAUAGAGUAUGCCA